UAUUUGACCUUAUGAAAUGACCUGGGUCGAGGUACUUUGUUUCUGUCCAUCAUCACCGAUCCAACCUCUUGAAAACUUGCUUAUUGUCUUCUUCAGGCGAAGAAUUGAUGAGCUACAUAACUCAAUCAACACUUGAUGAAUAAUUUGACCGAAGAAACAUACAUCUUCUUAGUUUCUGCUAAAACAUUCUAGUAAAACUAUUAUAUAUGUGUUGCGUAGGCUACUUGUGAAGGUGAAAGCUUCGACAUGUUACGUGGAGAAUCUUCCUCAAGUUCUCCUGAUGCAUCUUCGCGGUGGAGCUACCAUGUUUAUUUGAGUUUUGGAAUGGAAGGCACUCACGUAGAUUUUGCUAACACCUUAUGCGCUUCGUUGCAGCGAAAGGGAAUCUCAACUUUCACAUAUGAUAAUCAAGUUGAGAGAGAUGUGAUGUUGAAAAGAGUUCAGAAAGCAAUGGAGGAGUACCUUGUUGCCAUUGUCCUUCUCUCCGAAAACUAUGCUUCUUCCACUUGGUGUUUGGAUGAACUCCAAAAGAUUCUUGCUGUGGGAAAACCAGUUAUUCCUGUGUUUUAUGAAGUCGCUCCUUCCGAUGUUAGGUACCAGAUAAAUUGUUUCGCUAAGGCUUUCGAAGAACAUAAAAGAUCAGAAGAAGACCAAUCGAAGGUGCAACAAUGGAGGGAAUCCUUGAAAGAAGUUGCGGACUUUUCUGGCUGGGAGUCCAAGGAUAGGAGAAGGGAAGAGCUCAUUGAAGACAUUAUUAAAUCGGUAUGGACAAAAAUACGUCAUAAAUUACCAUCAUACGAGGAGGAAUGGGUUGGAAUUGAUUCAAGAGUUGAGAAAAUAAGUUCACUUUUGAAACUGGAAUUGAAAGACAUGGUUCGCUUCAUUGGAAUAUGGGGCAUGGGUGGUAUAGGAAAGACAACUCUAGCGAGAGUUGUAUUUAAGAAAAUAUGUAGCCAAUUUGAUAUUAGUUGCUUCCUUGAAAAUGUAAGGGAGAUUUCUGGGAAAACUCAUGACAUGCUUACCUUACAAAUAACACUUCUUUCUCAUAUGGAAGUGAAAGAAUUCACAAUUCAAAAUUUGGAUGAAGGAAAGAUCGUAAUAGGAGGUAUCUUACGCAACAACAGAGUUCUCCUGGUUCUUGAUGAUGUUGAUGACGCAAGACAAUUGGACAGUUUGGGUGUGAAUGAUCAAGGGAAGUUUGGCCCUGGGAGCAGGAUUAUAGUAACAACAAGAGACAUGGAAGUACUAAAACCACAUGGAAAAUUUGAAAUUUGUAAAAUUGGUCUGUUAAAUUCUGAUGAGUCCCUUCAACUUUUUUGUCAAAAAGCUUUUAGAAUAGAGAAACCAUCAGAACAACUAUUGCAGUUGUCAAAAGUGGCUGUUCAACAAGCUGGAGGCCUUCCUCUGGCUCUUGAGAUUAUGGGUUCAUCCUUCUGUGGGAGAAAUGAAUCCCAGUGGAAAGAAUUUUUGGGUAAGAAAGAAUACUCAAAGAAAGAUAUUGUGAUGGAGAAACUUAUAAUAAGCUAUCAUGGGUUACCAGAAAGUUAUCAGAUUUUGUUUCUUGAUAUUGCAUGUUUCUUCAACGGGUGGGUGAAAGAGCACGUGGAACAAAUUCUAACAAUUUGUUGCCGUUGUCCCGCAAAUGGAAUUGAUGUUCUAAUUGAUAAAUCACUGGCAACUUGUGAUGGAUCACGUUUAGGGAUGCAUGAUUUACUUCAAGAAAUGGGAAGAAAAAUUGUUGUUGAAAAAUGUCUGAUAGAUGCUGGCAAACGCAGCAGGUUGUGGUCACCCCAUGACAUUGAUCAAGCACUAAAAAGAAAGAAGAAAAAAGAAUCGAUUGAAGGUAUAGUUUUGAAGUCGUCCACUGAGCCAUACAUUGCAAAUUGGGAUCCCGAAGCCUUCUCAAAGAUGUACAAUCUCAAAUUCCUUAUAAUUAAUUUUCACAAUAUACAAUUUCCCCGUGGCCUCAAAUGUCUUAGCAGUUCACUGAAAGUUCUUCGGUGGACAAAGUGUACUUUGGAAGCUCUGCCGCUUGGCGUGAAGCUAGAGAACCUUGUGAUGUUAAAAAUGCGUUACAGCAAAAUAAAGAAGAUCUGGAGUGAUUCUCAACAUUUCAGAAGGUUGAAGUUCAUUGAUCUGAGCCAUUCCGAAGAUCUAAUUGAAACUCCAAUAGUUUCUGAGGUUCCAUGUCUUGAAAGUUUGCUUCUUGAAGGUUGUAAAAACCUUGUCAAGGUUCACCAAUCUGUUGGACUGCACACGAAGCUUGUUGUGUUGAACUUGAAAGAUUGCAUAAACCUUCAAAUCCUUCCAACAAAGUUCAAAAUGGAUUCUUUGGAGGAAUUGAUUCUUUCUGGCUGCUCAAAACUUAGAAAGCGCACCAAGUUUGGAAAGAAUGUGCAGUGUUUAUCACUGCUUAAUCUGCAUAAAUCAGAAAAUCUUAUCUGCCAACCAAAGUCUGUUUGCAAUGUCAGUGGGACGAAAGUUCAUUCAGAAAACCUUAAAGAGCUUUCUUUUUGUGGAGGAAAAGAACUAACAUCCAAAUCAACAUGGAACUUACAUCAAUGGAGCUCAAUAUGUGGGAAGAAACUAGUUUCCAAGGAAUUAAACUUGCCUCCUCUUUCUAGUUUAUCAAGCUUGAAGUUCUUGAAUUUAAGUUACUGUGACCUUAAUGAUGAAUCAAUUCCAGAUGAUCUUGGAUCACUAUCAUCUUUGUUGGGGUUAGAUCUAAGUGGGAACAAUUUUGUUAGGCCUAAUUACUGCAUUAGCAAUCUUCAUGCCCUGAAGAGUUUGACCUUAAUUGAUUGCCCAAGGCUUGAGUCUUUGCCAAUGCUCCCACCAAAUGUUCAAUGUCUGUGUACAGCUAACAGUACUGAAAUGAAACCCUUGAAUUCAGAUGCACAUUUGCUAUGGAAGAUCUUUGAGCUGCACAUGAAUCAGGUAUAUUCAUUAUAUACACCUUAUUCUCUCCCUCAUCUGCCUCCUAUCCACCCUAAUUAUUUCCAUAAAGUUUGUGUUUACCAAAUGGAAGGUAGACCACAUUUUAUGUUCAUCAUUCCGGGGAGAGAAAUUCAAAAAUGGAAUGAAGAGUGCUUUCUGGUUGAUCCAUCACAUCAUCCAUAUAACAUGUUGGGUUGUGUUUCAGCUGCAUCAAUAAUAGUGGAAGCACCUAAAUACUGUGAGUCUAGUGGAUGGUUAGGAAUUGCAAUAUGCUUAGCAUUAGAACCUUCAAAUAUGCAGGCUUCUCCUCAAUCACAUGUGAGUCCACAUUCCAUGGGAAAUGAGGAAAUUUGCAUUUAUUAUUGGGCAUGUAAAGCUCAUAGUGGUGAACCUGACUUGAUUUUCCCCAUAGUACCUAAACAUAGCCACUCAGUUCAUGAAUGCAAUGAAGAAAAAUGCCUUCUUCAACUGAUAUUUUAUGUGGAGAAUCAUUCCAAGGCAUGGAAGCCAAGUAUAAGGAAGUGUAGGUGUAGUGUUAUAUUUAAGGAAGAUGUUGAAGAAUGGUGCUGUCCGAGGGUGCAUACCAAGGCUUCAAUGUUAAGUGGAGAAUCUUCCUCAAACUCUUCGAGAUGGACAUACCAUGUUUUUUUGAGUUUUCGUGGAGAAGACACACGCCUAGGUUUUACAGAUCACUUGUACGCUGCCUUGGUGAGAAAGGGAAUGAUAACUUUCCGAGAUGACAAGAAUCUAGAGAAAGGAGAUAAGAUAGAUAAAGAACUAUUUAAAGCAAUUAAAGAGUCCCUCGGGGCCAUUGUGAUUCUCUCUGAGAACUAUGCCUCUUCCUCUUGGUGUUUGGAUGAGCUCAACAAAAUUCUGGAAUCAAAUAGAGUUCUGGGGAGAGAAGUUUUCCCAGUUUUCUGUGGGGUUAGUCCCAGUGAGGUUCAACACCAGACAACAACGAGUUUUGAAGAGGCUUUUCAGAAACAUGAAAGAAGAUUUGAGAAAGACACAGAAAAGGUGCGACAAUGGAGAGAUUCCUUGAAGGAGGUUAGCCAAAUUCCUGGCUGGGAGUCCAAAAAUUACCAGCAUCAAACAGAGCUCAUUGAAAACAUUGUUGAAUCAGUAUGGACAAAGCUACGUCCCAAAAUGCCAUCUUUCAAUGAUGGGCUAGUUGGAAUUGGCUCAAGAGUUAAGAAAAUGGACUCACUGUUAAGCAUGGAAUCGAAGGAUCACGCUCGCUUUAUCGGAAUAUGGGGCAUGGGUGGCAUUGGAAAGACAACCCUGGCGAGAGUUGUCGUCAAGAAAAUCCAGCAUCAGUUUGAUAUUAGUUGCUUCCUUGACAACGUUAGAGAGAUUUCAAAAGAAAGUGAUGGCAGGAUUCGUUUACAAGGAAAACUUCUUUCUCAUUUGGCUAUAAAAGGCUUAGAAAUUAGAGAUUUAGACGAGGGAAAGAACACAAUAAGAGAACUUCUAUUCAAGAAGAAAGUUCUUCUUGUCAUUGAUGAUGUUGAUGAUACAAGCCAACUAGAGUGUUUGGCUGAGAGGUUAGAGUGGUUUGGCCCAGGGAGCAGAGUUAUAAUAACAACAAGAGACACACAAGUCCUAAUAUCACAUGGCAUAAUUGAAAACUACAAAAUUAACCUCUUAAAUUCAGACGAAUCCCUUCAACUCUUGAGCCAGAAAGCCUUCAAAAGAGAUAAACCUGAAGAACAUUAUUUGGAGUUGUCAAAAGCUGUUGCCAAAUAUGCAGGAGGCCUCCCUUUAGCCUUGGAGCUGUUAGGUUCAUUUCUGUGUGGAAGAAGGGAAUCCCAAUGGAAAGAAGUAGUUGAUAUGAUAAGAGAAGUGCCCCCGAGUCAUAUUGCGAUGCAAUCGCUUAGAAUAAGCUACAAUGGGUUGCCCCUGCCUUAUAAAACUUUGUUUCUUGAUAUUGCAUGUUUCUUCAGAGGGAGGAUAAAAGAGCUUGUGAUACAAGCUUUAGAAAUUUGUGAGCGUUAUCCACCAGUUGGAAUUGACCUUCUGGUUGAAAAAUCACUGGCAACUUAUGAUGGCUUUACUAUAGGGAUGCAUGAUUUGCUUCAAGAAUCAGCAAGGGAAAUUGUUACAGAAGAAAGUUAUGUGGAUCCGGCAAAACGAAGUAGGUUGUGGACACUAGAGGACACAAAUGAAGUAUUAAAAUACAAUAAGGCAAAUGAAUCAAUUGAAGGUAUUGUUUUGAACUCGCCUGAAAAGGAAGAAGCUAUUUGGGAUCCUGAAGCGUUCUCAAGGAUGUAUAAUCUUCAAUUACUAAUCAUAAACUAUCAUGUAAAUCUUCCCACUAGCCUCAAAUGUCUUUGCAGUUCACUGAAAUUUCUUCAGUGGAUGAAGUAUCCUUUGGAAUCUCUGCCGCUUGGCGUGCAGCUAGAUGAACUUGUAGAGUUGAAAAUGCACUCCAGCAGAAUAAAAAGGAUUUGGAAUGGAAAUCAAGAUUUUGCAAAGCUGAAGUUCAUUGAUUUGAGCUAUUCUGAAGAUCUAAUUCAAACCCCAAUAGUUUCUGGGGCUCCAUCUCUUGAAAGAUUGCUUCUUAUAGGUUGUGUAAACCUUGUUGAGGUUCACCCAUCAGUUGGACAACACAAGAGACUUGAUCUAUUGAUGCUGAAAGAUUGCAAGAAUCUUCAAAUCAUGCCAAGAAAACUGGAAAUGGAUUCUUUGGAGGAAUUGAUUCUCUCUGGCUGCUCAAAACUUGAAAAACUCCCAGAAUUUGGAGAGAACAUGAAAUCUUUAUCACUGCUUAAUGUGGAGCAUUGCAUAAAUCUCCUUUGCCUGCCAAAUUCCAUUUGCAAUUUGAAAUCUCUUAGAAAACUCUACGUUUCUGGCUGCUCAAGAAUCUCAACACUGCCAGAUGGUAUGAAUGAAAAUGAGUCUUUGGAGGAACUUGAUGUGAGUAGAACUGAGAUAACAGAAAUUUCUUCAUCUAAAGUUCGUUUAGAAAUACUUAGAGAGCUCUCCUUUGGUGGAAGGAAAGAAACAACACCCAAAUCACAAAACUUACUUCAAUGGAUCUCGAAGUUUAUGGGACAAUCAGAUAUGCAUGAGUCAAUCGUGCCUCCUCUUUCCAGUUUAUUGGCUUUGGAAUCCUUGGAUUUAAGUUAUAGAGAUCUUACUGAUGAAUCAAUUCCUAGUGAUUUUGGUCCUUUGUCAUUGUUGAAGCGUUUAGAUCUGAGUGGUAACAAUUUUGUUAACCCACCUGCCCAAUGCAUUAUUAGUCUUUCUAUGUUGCAUACUUUGUCCUUCGAUCAUUGCCCAAGACUAGAAUCCUUGCCAAUGCUUCCACCAAAUUUACAAGCUUUGUACGCAACUAAUUGUCCUAAAUUGAAACCCUUUCACUUGGAUGAAGAUACUCUAUGGAAGAUCUUUGAGUCACAUUCACAUGAGGAUCCGAUUGAAGGGCCAGAACUUUGGUUCAUAAUACCAGGGAAUGAAAUUCCAUCUUGGUUCAACAAUCAAAACUCUCUUGCAAUUGAUUCAUCAGAUCAAACAUAUCAGAAGUUGUGCUGUGAUUCAGUUACUUCAAUAAUAGUGGAUGUACCUGAGGACUGCCAGUUAAGUGAAUGGUGGGGAAUUGCAGUGUGCCUUGUGUUAGAACCUUUAAACACGGAUGUGCCAUCUUCAUCAAAUGCAAGACCAACUUCUACUGUCAAUGAGGAAAUUGGCAUUUAUUACUGGGUCUGUAAAACUCCUGAUAAAGAUCCUGACCCAAAUUUUCCUAUAGCACCCAAGUUUGGUAACUUGCUGUAUAAAUUCAAUGACCCUUACAUCCAUAUUAUAUUCUUCAAUGCUGAUCAUGUGUAUAUUCAGCAUUAUCUAAGUGGGGAGCAAACACAACUUGAAGUGGUCUUUUUUGUUGAAAAUCUUUCUGAAUCAUGCAAGGCAAGAAUAAAGAAGUGUGGGUGCCGUGUGAUUUGUAAGGAGAAAAUUGAAGAAUGGAGGAAGCACUCAGAUGGUCUUAAUAUAUCAAGAAUAACAGAAACGAAUGAAGAUGAGGAACGACAUGAAUUGGAGGUGGAAGAACCUACUUCUCCAACCCUUGGUAAAUGAUUUCACUGUAUCACGUUUAUAUAGUAGUAAUUAUAAUAAUUUGUUUAGUAUAUUACUGAUUGUGAUGGAACAUAAUCUUACAUGUUUUAGUUUUUAGUUUGAUAAUUUCAUUUAAUAUGUUUCGGCUGAGUCUGUGAGAAGUUUUAGCUUCUUUUGAUAGUUAUUUUCCAACCUUGUAUUUUUGU